GAAAAAAUCACGACGUCGGAUCUCUGGCUUCGAGUAUUUGUAAUGUUUUAUUUUUCGUCGAAAAUCCCCCUGUAGGGGGGCACGCCCGACUUAACCGUGGUCGGUGCCCUCCCGGCAGGAUGCCGAGCUCGCGCUGUCCGGCGGGCUGUCCUGCGGCAGCGGCUUCCUGACGCCCGGGUCGCCAGAGCCGCUCGCGCACCGCGCGGACGUCGACGUCGGCCGCCUCCUUGCCGGGCCCGGCCCCCAGGGCAUCCUGAGGGUCGUGAGGCGGGAGCUCGAGCUCCUGGAGGCCAGGCUCUUCGCCGAGAUGGACCAGCGGGUCGCGAGCCGGCCUUGGGCCCCGGAGGGGUCGAGCAGGCACCGCGGCGACUUCGCCGCUCCGCCCCUCGAGGAGAAGCUCUCGGACCACGACGGGGCGCUGGCGCGGUUGGGCGCGAUGGCGGCGGCGGUCCACGGCCAGGUUCAGGGCCUCGGCGAGAGCGCGGCCCAGUGCUCCCGCUGGGCGGCCUCCGUGGACGGGAAGCUGGAGGCCCUCUGCAGUCAGGUCGAGGAGCGCUUCCAGCGCGGCGCCUCGGACCUCGAGGCGGCCGCCGCGGCGAGCGAGGAUGGGCAGGCCGAGCUCGGCGAGAGGCUGCGGCGGGAGCACGCCGCGGUCCAGGAGCAGGCCAGCCACAGCCUGGCGCUGGCGGAGGCGCUGGCGGGCGAGCAGGAGAGGCUGCGCGGCGUCGAGGCCGCGAGCACCAGGGCGGUGGUGGACCUCCAGGACCGCAUGGCCUCCCUCGAGGCGAGCGACUCCCGGUCGAAGAGGGCGGAGGGCUCUCUGGGCAGCAGGCUGGCCCACCUGGAGUCGCAGCUGCAGGACCAGGGCCGGCAGAUUGGCCGCCUCCAGGCCGCCUCCGGCGGCGAGGGCGGCUGGGGCUCGAGGCUCUGCCACCUCGAGACGGUCCUGGCGGCCAUGCGCUCCAAGCUGGAGAGCCACCAGGAGUACUCCAGCAGGAUCGACGACGCCGUCCGGCAGAGGUGGGCCGGCCGGAUCGAUCAGCUGGAGAGGCUGGCCGAGGGGCAGGCGGCACGCAGCCGAGGCCUGGAGGAGAAGCACGAGCUGCUGGCGCAGCAGGGCGGGGCACGGCACGACGGGCUGGCGCGGCGGCUGCAGCAGCUCGAGCGCGGCUCUCGGGGCCUCUGGCUGCUCGACCCGGGUGGCGAGGAGGCCGUGCAGGACGAGCUGCUCUCCGGGCAGAUCACCCCCGUCCACGAGCAGCUGCCGGGCAUGCGCGGCGGCUGGUCCCCGGUGGCCCUCGCGGAGGGAGGGCUGCGCGCGGCCUCCGCCAGGGCGCGCGUGGAGUCGCUCGCCGCCGUGCUCGCCAGCCCUGACUCUGGGUCCGCCGUGUGCUGGGCAAUCUCGCAAGCAGGGCGGAAAUGUUCGCCCUGCCUUGCAAGCUCCUCUGGUGCCGAUUUCAGCCCUGCCUUGCUGUCGCCGUUUCCG